CUUGGUCACUAUCUCAUUGGUAGAUACUGCUUAUCUGCACUAUUUGCCUAUCACCCCCACUCUCCCACCCUUGUACAUCUCACUGAGUUCCCUAAUUUCCAUUCUCCUUCCCUAACUCCAUUUCAAUAAACACCAAUGCACUUCUAGUUCUAAUCACACCCUCAUACAACCACCACCUUCAAACCCUUCUUCUAAUUCCAACACUAUAUAAAGUGUUCACAAUUAAGAAAUUAACCAAACCUCAAACUCAAAUUCAGAACCCCCAAUAUGAGUGCUGUGAAUCUCAACACAUGGGCACGCCCAAGUUUCGUCUUCAACCAUGCCACCAGAUCCAGAUCCCCAACAUUCUACCUCUACCAUGGCCUUAGGAAGAUACCCAUUUCGCCGAUUAUCCCUGCAAAGCCGCAGAGGCAACAGCUUUCUUCUUCUUCCACGGUUUCCGCGGUGCUGACCAAGGAGGAGACGCUGGAGGCUGAGGAAGAGAAACCCACUUUCAAUUUCAAGUCCUACAUGAUUCAGAAAGCCACCCAGGUUAACCAGGCCCUCGACGACGCCGUUUCGCUCCGGGACCCUGUCAAGAUCCAUGAAGCGAUGCGGUACUCGCUCCUCGCCGGCGGGAAGAGAGUCAGGCCGGUUCUCUGCCUCGCCGCCUGCGAGCUCGUCGGAGGGACUGAGCCCAUGGCGAUGCCGGCGGCGUGCGCGCUUGAAAUGAUCCACACCAUGUCGCUCAUUCACGAUGACCUCCCUUGUAUGGACAACGACGAUCUCCGGCGAGGGAAGCCGACGAACCAUAAGGUUUUCGGGGAGGACGUGGCGGUCCUCGCCGGCGACGCGCUUCUCGCCUUCGCCUUCGAGCAUAUCGCCGUUGCCACCGCCGGCGUUUUGCCGGCGAGGGUUGUCCGGGCGGUCGGGGAACUCGCGAAGUGCAUCGGCUCCGAGGGUCUCGUCGCCGGCCAGGUCGUCGACAUCAAUUCUGAAGGCUUAUCCGAUGUGGGACUUGAGAGGCUCGAGUUUAUUCAUCUCCACAAAACCGCGGCGUUGCUUGAAGGUGCGGUUGUUCUCGGUGCCAUUCUCGGUGGUGGGUCUGAUGCAGAGGUUGAGAGGCUGAGGAAAUUUGCUAGCUGCAUUGGAUUGUUGUUUCAGGUGGUUGAUGAUAUUCUUGAUGUGACAAAGUCUUCACAGGAAUUGGGGAAAACUGCUGGAAAAGAUUUGGUGGCUGAUAAGGUUACUUACCCCAAGCUUUUGGGGAUAGAGAAGUCCAAGGAGUUUGCUGAGAAGUUGAACCGUGAUGCACAGGAACAACUCAUUGGGUUUGAUCCUCAUAAAGCUGCUCCUUUGAUUGCUUUAGCUAAUUACAUUGCUUACAGGCAAAACUAGAUUAUUGUUGUUUUACAGAAUUGAAAAUUAUUCCCUUAAGAAAUUGUGAUUUAUAUUUAUGAAAUCAUUGCAAUUAGGGAUGUAUACACUAUACAAUAAUCCCCUGCAAUAUCCAAUGAAAGUGGUAUUCUGUUUUUUUUGUUC